CGUCUAUAUGCUUUUCUGAGCUUUACAAGGGAAGUAAUGGAAACUCUUACAAGCCAAAAGCAUGGUGUGUGUGACAUUUUGGCCAUUGACUGACUUUACAGAAGAGAAGAAGGUACUGACAGAAUGGAGAAGACUGCGGUGAAGAAGAGAGAAGUUCCUGCAGGUCGACGCUUAAUAGAUUUGGUAUUCUCUUGGUCUAUCGAAGAUGUUCUCAAUGAGGAUCUUUACAGAAACCAGGUGAGACAGAUCCCACAUACAUUUUCCUCAACAAAUGAAUACAUGAAUUCAUUCACUUAUCCACUUAUUGAGGAAACACAUGCUGACUUGUUAUCAAGCAUGUCAACACUGCAUCUAGCGCCUAGUUGUGAAAUAUUGUCAUUCAAACAAACCAAGGAUUUUAAACCACCCAAAGACUUUUUUUACCUUGUUACACUUAAAAGUGUGAGUGGAUUGCAGAAGAAUGGGGGAUAUGAACCAAUGGUUGGAGACAUCAUUGCCUUGACAAAUGUAAGACCAAAAUACAAUGAUUUAGACAGACCCAACAGACCCUUUCUUGUUGCUUUUGUUCAAAAGGUGAAAGACGACAAUAUUCUUACAAUAUUAGCCUCAAAGCCCAUCUUGGCCGAAGAACAAGAGAACAAGAAGAGGGAAACUCUUUAUGCUAUUUGCCUGAUAAACAUGACCACAAAUAUCCGUAUAUGGAGAGCAUUGAACUUUGAGCUGGAAAGUAAAAACUUAGACAUCAUUGGAAAAGUGCUGCAACCAAACUCUGCUGAAGCUAAAAUUUGUACUUCCUGCAUUUCUGAAACAAAUUGCAGUACUACCUAUGCAGAUGUGAAGUCCAGAAUCUACACUUCAGAUUUAAAUGACUCCCAGAAAGAUGCAAUUCUUAGCUGUUUGGAAACUAGGAAAUGCAAUCAUCAGAAUACUGUCAAACUAAUAUGGGGUCCUCCAGGAACUGGGAAAACCAAGACAGUUGGAUCGUUACUAUUCUGUCUACGUAGAAUGAAAUGCAGAACUCUUACUUGUGCCCCGACGAAUACUGCAGUUUUGGAAGUGACCCAGCGGCUACUAAAGAAUGUGACAGAGUCACUUGAAUAUGAUACUUAUGGGCUUGGAGAUAUACUUUUAUUUGGAAAUAGGGAGCGAAUGAAGAUUGAUGAUCGUCAUGACCUUCUAGAUGUAUUCCUUGAUAACCGAGUUACUAUACUAUAUGAAUGCCUUCUUUCAUCAACUGGUUGGAAAGAUACUUUACUAUCAAUGAUUACUUUGCUCAAUGAACCUAAACGGCAAUAUCAUUUGUAUUUGAAAAAUGAAGGAAAAUCUAAAAAUAAAGGAAUAGAUAGUAAUCAAGGGAAGGAGGUUGAUGAUCAAUCCUCCAAAGACAAGAAGAGCAAGAAAAAUCUGAAGAAAGUUAUCAUUCAAACCUUAAAUGAAAACAAAAACAAGAAAAGACAGAACGAGAUGGUGCCUUUGUGGAGAGAAAAGUGCUUAGAGCAUGAGGAAAAACAAAGGGAGGAUAGUUCUUCCCAAGACAUGAAAAAUGAAGGACAGGUAGCCAAUGAAUGUGAUAACCCUUUGACAUUUGAGGAGUUCAUACAAAAGAGAUUCAACUGCAUUUCAAAGCGUUUGACAUUUUUUAUUGAAAAUUUAUAUACACACUUACCUACUUCUUUUAUUUCAUUAGAAGUGGUAAAAAAGAUGAUCAAAGCUCGUCAUUUACUCAAAUCAUUUGAAACUUUCUUUUGUGCUGUUAGUGUUACUGAUAAAGGGUUAUUAGAGAAAGUCUUCAGUAAAAAUGCAGGAAGCAGCCUUGGUCACUUAAGGGAGUUGAGUAUUUUGAGAUAUAAGUGCCUUCGUGUACUUAGAUCUCUUCCUCAAAAAUUCCCAGUUCCAGAUUUUGAAGACGAGUAUGAUAUAAAAGACUUCUGCCUACAAAAUUCUUGUCUGAUUUUCUGCACUGUAUCAAGCUCUGCUAAAGUGCAUGAAGUAAUAACUGAUCUGGAACUACUGGUUAUAGAUGAAGCUGCUCAGCUUAAGGAAUGUGAAUCAACCAUUCCUUUACAACUUCCUGGCCUCCGCCAUGCUAUUCUCAUUGGGGAUGAACGUCAACUGUCUGCGAUGGUUAAAAGCAAGAUUUCUGAGGAAGCUGAAUUUGGAAGAAGUUUGUUCCAGCGGCUGGUAUUGAUAGGACACAAGAAACACCUUCUUAAUGUCCAGCAUAGGAUGCAUCCAUCCAUAAGCUUAUUCCCAAAUAGGAUGUUCUAUGAAAAUCAUAUUUUGGAUGGCCCCAAUGUCGAAAGAAGAAGCUACAAGAGGCGUUUCCUUCAGGGGAAGAUGUAUGGCUCCUACUCUUUUAUAAAUGUAGCACAUGGAAAAGAGGAAUUCAAUAACAGCCAUAGCCUGCAAAAUAUGGUUGAGGCGGCUGUGGCAUCUGAGAUAGUUUCAAGCCUUUUCAAAGAAUCAGUUUGCACAAAGAAGAAGGUUAGAGUUGGUAUCAUCUCACCGUACAAGGCUCAAGUUUUUGCAAUUGGAGAGAAGGUGAAAAACUACAAUGCAGAUUCUAAUGAUGACUUCUCCAUUAGUGUUCGCUCUGUUGAUGGGUUCCAGGGUGGUGAGGAAGAUGUGAUAAUUAUCUCAACUGUCAGAUGUAAUAAGAAUGGAAUAGUUGGGUUUCUUAAAAAUCAUCAAAGAACAAAUGUGGCUCUAACUCGUGCCAGGUAUUGCCUUUGGAUAUUGGGAAAUGAAGCAACUUUAACUCAAAGGAACACUAUUUGGAAGGAAUUAGUCAUUGAUGCCAAGAAACGGAGGUGCUUCUACAAUGCCCACGAGGACAAGGGUUUGGCUCAAGCUAUUACAGUCGCCUUGGUUGGAUGUAACCAAAUGCACAUUUUACUCAACAUGGAUUCUUUUCUGUUCAGAAAAGCUAGAUGGAUGGUCUCCUUCAGCAAAGAUUUUUUGAAAUCUAUGUCAAGACUUAAAGAUGCUGAGACUUGUACAAAAGUGCUUACUUUAUUGGAAAAUCUUGCAAAUGGUUGGCGCCAACCUCAAAGCAAGAAAAAUCUCCAUGUCCAUUGUGGAGCUUCUUCCCAAUUAUUAGAGCAGUACAAGGUCAAAGGGUUGCUGCAUCUAGUUUGGACUGUAGACAUUCUUAAGAAAAAUUUGAACUACAUUCAAAUUCUGAAGGUCUGGGACAUUUUGCCAUUAUCUGAAAUGCCAAAACUAGCAAAUCAACUUGAUGUCUUAUUUGAGAAUUAUAGUUUGGAAAAGAUAAAUCACUGCAAACACAGAAGCCUCAGUGGGUGUUCAGUUGUUCCAAUGAAAUGGCCAGUUGACUCAAGUAGUUGUCCUGAAGCUGAUCCUGUAUUGUCCCUUUUAGAACCACUAGCUUCACUCAGCCUGAGGGAUGAGUCAGAAUCAUCAUCUACAACUAAUGGAAUUAAUUCAAAGCACACAACUGGGAGAAGUGUUGUUACAAAUAAAUGGACUUUCAGACAGUGGAGACCUCUAGAGAAGCCGCAAGAAUGGUUUCGUAGGAGGAGUUGUUGUACACAAGGACACAAAAUAGCUUACACACUCUCUUACUUAUUACGAGAUUUCUUAGUUUGCAAAGAUACAUGUAAUAUCCAGUGCACAAAACUCUUACUAGUAGUUGAGUCAUCACAUACACUUGUUACAAGACGAGUGCCUUCGAGAGGGGGGAAAAAGCAAAACAAAAUGUUCAAGCAUAAUGUAAAAAUGGUGUGAAUAUAUUCAGGAGGUUUCAAUUGGUUGUUAUAAUAUCCAAUCACAAAUGAGAAAUUGUGAAAUUGGCUUUGUUGAUGACUUUGAUAAAAGAUAUGUAUGUAAUUACCUAACCCUGAAAUUACAAAUGGAGAGUUUAGCAGGAGAUUCUAUUUACAUAC